AUGGAGAAACUAGCAGUAAUCAAACGAGAGCAUGCUCAUGCCACAUCCGUACCAACCAGUGGCUACUGGGAGGGCCCACGGGCAAAACCGUACGGAAAUAUGGGGAUGGGUAUUUGUGAAGGGAAAGACAAUUGUGACUAUUGGGAUCACUAUUACCAACAACAUAAUAGCCAUAUUCUGGGAAUGUUCAUCACCUGGGGUUUCAUUGCAUCAAUCGUUAUUGUGGCAGGUGUAAUCAAUAUUUCGGGCCGUCAUCGCAGGAAACUAUCUCAGAAAGAUGAAGAAGGAAAGGAAAUUGCUGCCGGUGGACGAAGUAUCUACGGUGCACUUGGUGCAUUUUUCAGAAAGUAUUUCCUCCCGCAGUCACUCGGGCAUCUCUUCCCACAUGUUACUCGUUUUCAAGCAAUGAUGGUGGUACUCCUAACACUAUAUUGUACCCUCUUCACCUUUAUCGGGAUCUCCUAUGGGGUGUGGGUCAACCCUACGAAACCUCCCGGUCGACGAAUCGGAUUCCUCGAGUUUAGCGGAGAUCGUACAGGAUGCCUUGCUUUUGCGUUUGUACCACUUGUUUUUAUCCUAUCUUCGAGAGACAACAUCUUCUCGUUGAUCACAGGGGUGUCAUACCAGCACUUCAACUUCCUGCAUCGGUGGAUUGGGAGGUUCAUUUUCAUUAUGACUUGGGUACACACGAUCCUGUGGUCAAUCGAGUUGGGAGUUAUGUACCAACCGCAGCCGACCAAGUAUAAGACAACCUGGGCGAAGCGAUACUGGAAGUACGGAGUUGGAGCUACGGCGUUGUUGACAUUCUUGUUUUUGCAUUCGUUCAGAACAGUGCAGAAGUGGACAGGAUAUGAGUUCUUCAGGAAGAGCCAUGAGGUUGUGGCGGUUUUGUUUUUGGGAGCUUGUUGGGGCCAUUGGCCGGACAUGAGAGAAUGGAUUAUUGCCGGUAUCGCCAUUGUGUUCUUUGAUAGAUGUGUUAGAUACGCUCGAAUGUUUUUGAUUCACAUGAACUGGACAUCUGGCACAAGCGGCGUAUUUGGUCUACAUGCAUUCGAUGGAACUAUCUCCCGCCACCACGACACUGAUGGGAUCGACGUUCUCGUCCUCCGCGUAAAAAGCAACAUCACUUGGAAAGCGGGCCAACAUUUUUUCCUCACUUUUCCCACUCUUAGCUUCUUUGAAUCCCACCCAUUCACUACAUCCAAUAUCCCCACACCAGGUGCAAAGAUCCAAGACCAACUCUACAUCAUCCGCGUGCUCAAGGGCCAAACCAAACGUCUUGCAGAUCUCUGCAUCGAGCCAGAUACAGAGUACCCUCUACCAACAGUUGUAUGUGGCCCUUACGGCACAUCGGUCAUUGAUCAAGGUGCAUCAAACUAUCAACUCGUUGCAGGAGGGACUGGAGCAUCAUUUACUCUGCCCCUGGCCCAAAACAUCAUUGCCUCUACAUCAUCGGAUGAGAAGUGUAUCAUCGACUUUGUCUGGAUUCUGCGCCGUGCCGAGAACUUGAAAUGGAUCCAGAAUGAGCUCCUAGAGCUUCGGAGACAAGCUACAGAGACCCCUGGUGUUGAUCUCUACAUUCGAGUAUUUGUCACUCGUGAAGGGGAAGUCCCCUCCACCUCACCCACCUCACCCACCUCCUCCACCCUUUCCGCAUCCAAAGAAGAAGUCUGUGAUCCGAAAACUAAGGAGACAUUGGGAGUAAGCGUAUCAGCGGAGGCUAAAACAUCGGAGAAUGAUGUUACAAGUUGGCUGCAGAAUCAUCAUCCCAGCUGUAAGGACAUCGUCAAGUCCUUCCGCGACGAGUGUGUGGGCAAGGUCCAGGUACUGGCCUCGGGACCGACAGGACUUGGAAGAGAUCUUAGAGAGGCUGUUGCGGGAUGCAAUGAUAUUUGUAGGGUUUGGAAGGGAGAUGAAGGAGGUGAGGUAGGGCUAUACUGGGAUAGUAGGGAGUUCUAG